AUGCGUCGUGCAAUCUCUCGCGGCUUGGGUGCUUCCAGCCGAUCUACUCCCGCUCUCUCUCGAUCCUCUCUCCUCGCCUCAUCUAACAUCACAAGCGGCGCAUCCCACGUCGCUGCCAGGCGCAUUCAUGCGACAAGCAAGCAGCUACAGCCCGUGACGGCUGCUUUGGCCUCAACCGCCAGCAGUUAUCCUACCACCCACGCAAAGGUCGAGGUGGUCGAUACCCCUUACUUCAUCGACAACAAGUUUGUUUCGUCCUCGACCGAUAAGUACAUCGACUUACAUGAUCCCGCUACCAACGAGCUCGUUACUCGCGUCCCUCAGAUGACCGACGCUGAGAUGAAGGCUGCUGUUGCAAGCGCCGAGAAGGCUUUUAAGUCAUGGAAGAACACUACUGUCAUCUCUCGACAGCAGAUCAUGUUCCGAUUUGUCCAGCUUAUUCGUGAGAACUGGGACCGCCUCGCUGCUAGUAUUACUCUCGAGCAAGGCAAGACCUUUGCUGAUGCCAAGGGUGAUGUCCUUCGUGGCCUUCAAGUCGCUGAAGCUGCUAUCGCCGCCCCGGAGCUUCUCAAGGGCGAGGUCCUUGAAGUCUCCAAGGACAUGGAGACCCGAACCUACCGUGAGCCCCUAGGUGUCACUGCUGCUAUCUGCCCUUUCAACUUCCCUGCCAUGAUUCCCCUUUGGUGCAUCCCUAUUGCCACCAUCACUGGAAACACCCUCAUCCUUAAGCCUUCUGAGCGUGACCCCGGUGCUGCCAUGAUCAUUGCUGAGCUUGUCCAGAAGGCUGGCUUCCCUGAGGGUGUUGUCAACAUUAUUCACGGCGCCCACCGCACCGUCGACUUCAUCCUCGAUGAGCCUGCUAUCAAAGCGAUCAGCUUUGUUGGUGGUAACAAGGCCGGCGAGUACAUCUUCAGCCGUGGUUCCGCUAACGGCAAGCGUGUUCAGGCCAACCUGGGCGCCAAGAACCACGCCGUAGUCUCGCCCGAUGCCAACAAGAACCAGUUCAUCAAUUCCAUUACUGGUGCCGCUUUCGGUGCUGCCGGUCAGCGCUGUAUGGCUUUGAGCACUCUUGUUAUGGUUGGCGAGACCAAGGAGUGGCUCAACGAGGUCGCCGAGCAAGCCAAGCAUCUCAACGUCAAUGGUGGCUUUGAGGAUGGCGCCGAUCUCGGCCCCGUGAUCUCCCCGCAGAGCAAGGAGCGUAUCGAGAAGCUCAUUGAGUCUGCCGAGAAGGAGGGCGCUACUAUUCUUCUCGAUGGCCGUGGCUACAAGCCCAGCAAGUACCCUAACGGUAACUGGGUUGGCCCUACCAUCAUCACCAAUGUCACACCUGACAUGACCUGUUACAAGGAGGAGGUCUUUGGCCCGGUCCUUGUCUGCCUCAACGCAGAGUCCAUUGAUGACGCUAUCGACCUUGUUAAUAAGAACGAGUAUGGUAAUGGUACUGCUAUCUUCACCAGGUCUGGUGCUACUGCCGAGACCUUCCGCAAGAACAUUGAGGCUGGUCAGGUGGGCAUCAAUGUCCCUAUCCCUGUCCCCCUGCCUAUGUUCUCUUUCACUGGUAACAAGAAGUCUAUUGCUGGUGGUGGUGCCAGCACAUUCUACGGAAAGCCUGGCAUCAACUUCUACACUCAGCUUAAGACAGUAACAGCUCUAUGGCAGAGUGCUGAUGCCGUUGCCAAAAAGGCUGAUGUUUCCAUGCCUACCCAACAAUAA